UUUGCCAGUUCCCGCUAUGGCGGCCAUGAGCCUGGUUCUCCGGGCAGCGGCUGCCUGGGGUGCCCGGCGGGCGGCGAGCGGCGCGGCGGGGGGCGCCCACCUGCCCUGGCUCGGCGGAGCCUCCCGCCUCCCCGGUACUGUCGCUCCUGUACGACAUAGCAGCAGCCAUGGGAAAAGAAUGUUUAUUAUCAAGGCAACAAAAUUUUAUGAUACUCGAUUUCUGAACUUGUUGCGAUUCUAUGUGUUUCUCACGGGAAUACCAGUGGCAAUAUUUAUAACAUAUGUCAACAUCUUCAUAGGUGAAGCUGAACUUGCAGAGAUUCCUGAAGGUUAUGUUCCAGAGUACUGGGAAUACUACAAACACCCUAUAAGUCGCUGGAUAGCUCGUUACCUCCUUGACCCCCCUGAAAAGAACUAUGAAAAGGAGAUGGCUGUACUUCAUAUUGAAGCAAAGAAAACUCAAAUGAGGCUGAUGGAGUUGGAGGCACGCAGACUGAUGAGACAGAGGGGCGAUGGACCUUGGUAUCAUUAUGAAACACCUGAUAAGAAUCUUGUUGACAAUUCUAUGAAAUCCACACCUGACAAUUAAACAGUUUUAAGACUGUAUGCAUGAUCUUAAAUGCAUACCAACAGAUUGUGGCUGAGCUAUGUAAUACACAUCCUGCUGUUAACUGAUGGAAAUCAAUAAACCGUAUUUUUGUUGAUUCCCAUAA